AUGGGCGCGCAGGGCGGGUCGCUGCUGCUGGCGCUGCUGCUGGCGCCGCUGCUGUCGCUGGCGGGACCCGAGCAGCCGGCGCCGCAGGAAGCCGACCCAAUGUCAGGGCCCUGCGGCCACCGGACCAUCCCGUCGCGCGUGGUGGGUGGAGGUGACGCGGAGCUCGGGCGCUGGCCGUGGCAGGGGAGCCUGCGUCUGUGGGGCAACCACGUCUGCGGAGCGAGCCUGCUCAGCCGCCGCUGGGUGCUCACGGCCGCGCACUGCUUCGAAAAUUCUGAGGAUCCCUACGAGUGGACAGUGCAGUUUGGCGAGCUGACUUCUAUGCCACCUUUCUGGAACCUGCAUGCCUACUACAAUCGUUACCAGGUGGAGGAUAUCUAUCUGAGCCCCAAGUUCCAGGGGGCUCCACCCAAUGACAUUGCCAUGCUAAGGCUGUCCUCCUCUGUCACCUACACUAAUUACAUCCAGCCCAUCUGUGUCCCAGCCUCUACAGUGGAGUUCGAAAACCGAUCUGACUGCUGGGUGACUGGCUGGGGGGACAUCGAAGAGGAUACUGGAAGCGGAGGUCAGCAUCAUAAACAACACCAUGUGUAA